CAGAGGCGGACGGAGGCUGAGAGAGGGAGGCGAGAGGACAGGGGGGCAGCAAGCACCGGGCCACUCCUCGAGCGACACCAGCAUGGGCUCCCCCAUCGCCGCAAGCUUCCUCCUCUUCCUGGCAGUUCAGCUCCUGGGGCAGACGGGCGCUAACCCCGUGUACGGCUCUGUGUCCAACGCAGACCUGCUGGAUUUCAAGAACUUGCUGGACCGCUUGGAGGACAAGAUGCCUUUAGAAGAUGAAGCCGAGUCUCCCCAAGUCCUGAGUGAGCAGAAUGCGGAAGCUGGGGCAGCUCAGCCCCUGCCUGAGGUGCCUCCCUGGACGGGGGAGGUCAGCCCAGCCCAGAGAGAUGGGGGUGCCCUUGGGCGCAGCCCCUGGGACUCCUCCGAUAGAUCUGCCCUCCUGAAGAGCAAGCUGAGAGCCCUGCUUGCUGCCCCUCGGAGCCUGCGGAGGUCCAGCUGCUUCGGAGGCAGGAUGGAUAGGAUUGGAGCCCAGAGCGGACUGGGCUGCAACAGCUUCCGGUGCUGUCGGGACAGUCGGGCCGCCCGAGCCCCGCUGCGGCAGCAGCCCCUGAGGGAGCAGGUGGGUUCUUACAAGCAGGAGCACAGGAAACGGGGUCGCACAGCGUCUGGAGGAGACCGAGGCCUGGGAACCUCGUGA